CUCUGUCCACAGAUGGCCUCAGCAACAGCAACCUACGGGCAGAAGGAGUCCUCGGACCAAAACUUUGACUACAUGUUCAAGAUCCUCAUCAUUGGCAACAGCAGUGUGGGCAAAACCUCCUUCUUGUUCCGCUACGCCGACGACUCCUUCACACCGGCCUUUGUCAGUACUGUGGGCAUCGACUUCAAGGUGAAGACCAUCUACAGGAAUGACAAGAGGAUCAAAUUACAGAUCUGGGACACUGCAGGCCAGGAGCGUUACCGCACCAUCACCACGGCCUACUACCGAGGAGCCAUGGGCUUCAUCCUCAUGUAUGACAUCACCAACGAGGAGUCCUUCAACGCCGUCCAGGACUGGUCGACUCAGAUUAAGACGUACUCGUGGGACAACGCCCAGGUGCUGCUGGUAGGAAACAAGUGCGAUAUGGAUGACGAGCGAGUGGUGAGCGGAGAUAGAGGCCGGCAGCUGUCCGAACACCUGGGUUUUGAGUUCUUCGAGGCCAGCGCCAAGGACAACAUCAAUGUGAAGCAGACCUUUGAGCGCCUGGUCGACAUCAUCUGUGAAAAGAUGUCUGAGAGCCUGGACGCCGGAGAUCCCGCCGUCACAGGGGCCAAACAGGGGCCCCAGCUGACAGAGCAGCCCGCUCCUCCUCAUCAGGACUGUGCAUGUUAAAGCUGACUACUCCCCCAUACCCUUUUCCUCCCUCUUCUUCCAUGUCCUCCUUCAGCUGGACCCCAGGGCCUCUGGUCCAUACUCCAUCACCCCUCUCACUCACUUUCCUGCUUCUUGAUCUUGAUUCUUGUUUUUGAUUUCCAGAUCUUUGGUUGAGGGCCACAAGAACCAGGGUGACAAGUGUCUGAAAUGCUCUGAGAUGUUCGUGGAAUAGUGCUAGAGGUGUUUGUUUCUGGUCCCUCCUCAUAAAGGAGCUCAAAGGUGUCGGGUGUCUUUGAUCAGUGUGGGUGUUGGUCUGAUGCCAAAGCAAGUUCAAUCAAACAGGAGUUUUCGGACUCUUAGCAGCCCAGGUUCUUAAAGGUCUCCGACCCCUCCUCUGUUGUCUCCCUGUUCUUCAGUGUGGUUUUACAAGAAGGAUUUGACGGCGUCUGUCCUCAGAGUGCCAUUUAAAUCCUUCCCAUGUUUACAGCACUUUGUUUCAUGUCAGUCAAAUGUCAGCCUUGGAUAUGGUGACCAAGAAGGCCACAGAGGAGUUAAUGAGGGAGGGGUGAUCCAGCUGAAAUCUGCUCCAUACUGAUGUGUUACAUUUCUUAUAUAAGUCUGGAUACGCAC